AUGCGGGAGGUCUUGCGGCAUGGACAGAGCGAGGAGGAGUCUGACACUACUUAUGCAUCCGCCGAUGUUGCCAGGCUACAUGCAGUGGCGAGACGCAUUCAGCUGAGGGAGCAUGCGAGUAGGCAACAGCAACUCCAGCUUCACAAGCAGCUGCAGCAGCAGCAGCAGCUGUUGCAGCAGCAGCAACAGCAGUUGCACCAGCAAGAUGCGCUGCUACGCCACCAAGAACAGCUCCUUCGGCAGCAAGAACAGCAGCUCUCUAGCCGCGAGACUGAAGCGAGGUUGCUGUUGCGCCAGGUGAGUUUGCUGCAGCAGCAGCUGGAAGAGAGGGCGGACCGCCUUGCAGCAGCAGAAGGGAACUACCUCGAUGUCACGGCAUCUUUACAACAGCUGAAACAGCGCGUAGCCUUGGGAGAUGAGGCGAAGCUGUUUGUUGAGGAGGUGCGGCAGCAACAACAGCAGGAUACGCAGCAUCUCUAUGCAGAGGUUCGUCGCCUUAGGCGUCAACUUGCCCAGUGCAUACGUUUGUCAGUUUCGUCCGACGAUAAGGACAGAAGAGAACAAAACUUACGGGAGGAAGAUGCAGACCUAGAUAAGGAAAGUGUUCAGAGGUGCCACUUGAAUGAAUCAUCUUUGGGGCAAAUGGCGACUGGCGAAGGACAACUGCAGCAGCCAGUUGCAGAGCUUUCGCUGCCUUUGAAAGGGAGUGAAGGGGCAAUUCUUAGCCCUUCUACAUCCGUCGGCAUUUGGUGCUGCGCUGAGGCAGCAGAGGCUGCUUCAUGCACGGCUUGGGGCUGCAGUGCUGGCUGCAGCUGCCACAGUGACUCGCAGCACGAGGCGGUGGUGGGUGAGUUGCGUGAGGCACUGCAUACCUGCCGCUGCGCUGUCGAUCAGAGGAUCACUGACGAGGCAACAGCCACGUCAACGGCGGCCGUCGGGGCUGCAUCAUUGGCUAUGAGGGAAGUGCUCCAGCGCUGUCCGGCAUCAGGGGCUGAUCCAGAAAUCGUGGACAUGCUGCUUGAAAGGUUGAGGGCAGAGAGUAUGCGGAUAAGGGUGUAUUCACAACAAAGGCACGCAGCUUCUUCUUCAGCGGCAGGGUCCAGCACUGAAGGUCAACUGCAGCUGCAGGGAAGCCUGGCAGCAAUAGAUGAGCCGAUGGAGAGAGAGGCUUAUGAUGUUCUUGGGACUGCGCUUCCGGACGUGGUGUUGCUGCCUCUUCUCGGGGUGCAAAACAUAGCGACUCUACUCCGUCUGAAGCAACAGGCUGUCUUGCUUGCCAACUCGCGCUGGCUGCAACUGCUCAGGGACACAGUAGGCAGCAAAUUUCUUGAGGGCAGUAGCUGCGUUGCUAGCAGCUGCAGCAGCAACGGCAUUCUGAAGGAAAAGGGACAAAUGGAGAUGUCACCACAAGCAGGAGCAAAUAAGGAGAGUAGUACGGCUCCGCUUGUGCCUGCUGGGGAGACGAGAGGGGAAUCUCGGCAGCAUAUGUUGUUGCAGCUGCUGCUGCGAGGAUCUGGCGGAGUAGCUGCUGCAGCAGGACUCCUGCGAGAGGGCGCUUCCCCACUGGCGUUUCAUGCGUCAACUUUGACUGAUAGAGAGUCAGGGAACAACGUCUUCCAUCUCGUCUGCAUGAGGAAUCUGCCACAGCUGUUUGGCACGCUCAGUCUCACGUCGCUCCCGUGCGAAUUUUUCUACGCUCACAACAGAGAAGGCAAAACGCCUGCUGAUCUGCUGCCUCUUCUGCUACCUCCUUACGUGGAGGAACUACGCGAGCUGCAGAAAACUGCAGCAGCAGAACUACAGCACCGAGCCGAAUUCCAAGACCAGGUCACAUUGGUUGCUUGUAACUUAAGGGCCUGGAGAAGCGUAGUGUUUGAAUAUGCGGCAAAGGCAAGCUCGCUGUACAGACAGCAUCGGAACGAGGCGGCACUUGCUCUUUAUACGGAGGCAUUGAAGCUACAACAGCGGCUGUUAGAGAAGCAGCAGCAACUCGAUGGGAUUACCGGUGGUGUCAGUGCUUCUAAUGUUUCGCUCUUAGAGAACACAGCGAAGCUUGCUUUCAACAAGGCUUGCGAAUGGCUGCUGGAUUUUGAGGGAGCACUAAAUUACAUCCAGCUCAUGCGACAGAACUGCCCAGACUCUUUCUCCGCCGAACAUUACCAAAAGCGACGACUGUACGAAGCUCAGCUGCAGGCGUCGAGCUUCCAAGUGUUGGGCAUUGAGAAGGGUGCCCCCAAAGCAACAGUGAAUCGAGCGUUCCGCCGCAUGAGCAUUUUGUGGCAUCCGGACAAAGCCUCUGCACUGUCAGAAGACCUCCGGCUCAGACAUGAAAAUCACUUCAAAAGGCUUAACGAAGCACGCAUUGCGUUGCUGGAUGAAAAAUCCUAUGCAAGGCAGCUGCUCUUACCUAUCCAACCACUGUAUAGGCAUCCUGAGCUGCUUGUCAUUGCUAAGCCAGCGCAGCAGUCGACACCGUCUCCUCUCCUGGUUCAGCCAGCACAGCUCACAGCAGAGCAGCAGCAAGACAGUCAGCACCACAGUGAACAGGAUCAAACGCUGCGGGAUCCGCAGCAGGAGACAGAUGAGGUGGAGCCCCGUCUUGAGAAGCUGCAGCAGCAAAGGCAGCAAUUGCUGCGGUCCAUCGGGAGCCUCCAAAGACAGCAGCAUGAGCUGCAACGCGAGCUAGAGGAGCACCAAGGUACGGCUACAAGGGAGCAGGGCUGGGCCAGCACUAGCAAUUCUUUGCGGUGGCAUGAACUGCAGAAGCUGCAGCAGCAACAGCAUAACAAGCAGAAGAGGCUCAUACAGUGCGAGACGGAAAUAGACCAGUGCUUGCACAGGAAGGAGAUGCAACACCAAGCCUAUGCGCAUAAGCAGCAUGAAAAGCAGCAGUCAGACACCCGACAGCAACAAAAAUACGAGGAACGGGAGCAGCGAGACCCAGAAGCGGUAGACGUGGAGCAGGUAGAGGGGAAUAUAGAAGAACGGCAAACAGACAACUGCAGUCCCUGUAGUGAUGACUGGCACCACCCGCUGCAGCAGCAGCCUCAGCAGCGGAACCUAGAGAGAUACGACGUGGAAGCUCCCGGCGUUACGCCUCCAGGCGCGCCAGUAGGAGACAGUGAAGAGCAGCCUGCCACUCAGACUGCACAGACUGCGCACUUUGCUUCUUCCUCAGCAACAACAGCAGCGGCGGCGGUCAAUGAAGCUGCAGCAACUGCCUUGUCGGAGGGAGCCCAAACAAAUCCUGAGGGUGACACUCCAUCUUGGGCCUCUGUUACUUCCAGUGACAGUGAUGCAGACGAUUCCAAUGCAGGAUUUGCCUUUUCGGACUAUGCACAAAGUGCAGACAACUCGCAGUGUAGUUCGGGAUUUCCAACCACAUCGACUACCGUACCAACGCCGCCUCCACUUCCGAAAGAGUCCUGCGCUUCUACCCAGCAGUGCCGGAGCUCCCCUGAAACAUCGGUUGCACCUGACUCGCCGACAAAACCGACCACUAUGCUAAACGCGAAGCGCAACAGGGAGUCCUCCUGCGCGAGCUUUUGCCGAACAGUCGGUCGCGGCUGCUCCAGAGCGUUCUCUGCAGGGCCUCAGAAGAGAACAGGAGAAGCAGCCACAAAGACAACAGUUGGGACGCCAGCGGCCACUGCCCGCAGGAGCCUCACCACUUGUAUUUAUUCUACAGCGCCGCGGUGUCCUGCAGUUGCUACUGGCACAAGAGAAGCCAAUCAGCCAAGAAAAAGCACAGCGUAUUGGGAAGAAACAAACAGUAGCAGCAAAAACAGCUCCAGCAGCAGCAGUAGCAGCAGCUGCAGCAGCAGCAGUAGCGACGCAAGUGACAGUGAAGAAGCCGUUUCCGACAGAGGCCCAGAUAGGGCUUGGAUCGAAGGCAGCGUUUUCGGGAGGAACAAUUUUGCUGCCGCGGCUACUGCUGCUGCAGUUGCCAAAAUAGCAGCAAGUGCAGUUCCAGCAGCGAGUGGCGGUUCGGCAAAAGCUGCCAUGCAAAAGCGGCAGCAGCAAUUGCCGUCGCCACCCCCCCGACGGGUAACAGCAACGCAAGGUGCGCGGAAGGACGGCAGCAGGUGUAGCAGUGGUGGAAGCAGCGGGUGCAAAACAAGAGGGACCUCAGGACGCCGUCGUUUUGUCCGUACACGGGGUUAUCUGCAACAACAACAAGUUAGUCCUCACCAGCAGCGACAGGACCAGCAGGAGCAGUGUCAGGACCAGCAACAGCAGCGGCAGCAGCUCUGGAGAGAAACAGCUGGCGGGAGCGAAACUACUGGUAACACCCCUUCAACAACUCCAACCAGUCAAGCUGCAGCAGCGGGCCCGUUAUCUGAUGCAACCCCACAAGCAGCAACAGGAGCAGCAUGGCCUUUGCCCCCUGACUUUCCUGAGCCAUUCAGCGUAGAAGGCCUACCGUCGCACGGGCAGCUGGCGGGCCAAAACACAGCCUCAUGGCAUCAAGAGCGAAACCAUCGAGACGCGCCACAGCAGUUUGAAUGCUCCGACUCGGAGAUUCUUGCGCACCCAUUAGGAAACAAGCAAAGUGACUACGGGCGAGAGCGUAAUGUCGCAGAAUCUCCGGUGGUGCUUACCCAAUCCUUGGAUUGCCAUGGCAUACGACAUCAGGACUCGCAGCAGGACUCUUCCCACGAGCAUAUGCUGCAUCGGAACCUGCAGCCGCAGAACGAGUUGCAAGGGGUAGCGGAGAGAGAUGGUCGCCAAUUGCUCUUCCCAGAGGAAGAGCAGCGCUCGUGCUCCGCGGGAGCAGAAGAACCGAAAGCAGAAAGGCUCGCAACGCCAAUCCCUGCUACCCCUCUCGCAGGUCGACCUUUUCCUGUAGGACACGGAGAUGCUGCUGUGCCCGCUGAGGCAAGAUGGGCUGGUUUCGAGGACGAGCAUGCGAGCGAUAAGGAUCCCCCGCAGAGAAACUUUCGGUGGCCAGUUCCCCCUCAGUGCAGAAACACGUCCGAUUCCGGCAUGGGCUUAAUCAAUUGUUCUAACCAAUCUAGUUCAGCAACGGAGUCUGUGAAUCCCAUGGAACCUACAGUAGCACAGGUCUCUCGAAAUGGCGGAGGUACAAGCACUUCUGGAGCGCAUCACUCGAAUAGUGCCAGUGGGGUUUCUAGUGCUGGAGAAAACUGCGGCAGCAGCACUGGUAACCAGAGUGAUGGCCGGAUCGACAAAAGAGAAAGCUUUAGCGGUCGCAGUGAUAGCGACCCGGAAGACCGUCCGGGUACGCUUCGGGAAUCAGGACGGUGGCGGCAGUCCCUUUAUUCUCAGCAGCAGCAGCAUUUCCGCCGGCAGCCAAAGCAUCUGUACAACUCCGCUACGCAUGAAGCUCCCAGCCAAGGGAGCCCUGCUGCAGCAGAAGCAGUCAUUCUUCCGCAGUUGGGGAUGACUGCACCGCAGCGAAGCUCGAUGCCGCUGCCGGGUUGCAGCACCACGAGUGAGAACAGCAGCGCCACACUCAACGGAGGCGCAGUACCAGCAAUGGCUACGCCAACAAGACUGUUUCCUCACUGCGGCCCGAAUGAAGUGGAAAUGCAACAUAGAGCACACAACGCAUACUUGGGCUGCUCUCAAGAAACUUCUUGUAGCGCUUCAAGGGGAGCUGCUGCUGCUACAUCUGGAGAUCACAUAGCAACCGUCAGCGACGCGUUACGAGGGUUUCAGCCCAGUGAAGACGGAUUCAGUACAUUAGGGGGCAAUGGUCUCCCACUUCGUGGCGAUGGCCGUUCAGUAGGGGAUAUGCCAGCACCUUUGAGCAUGUGGCAGCACGUCCGCAUCAGAGGGUCUUUACCGCAUACCGGAGAAAACGAUUUGCAACGCUUGCCGAACAGGACCGACGAAAUGUGA